AUGGCAGUCUGUUUCAAUCCUGAUGGAAACAUAUUAGCUUCUGGCAGAUUUGAUAACUCUAUUCUUCUUUGGGAUGUCAAAACAAGAUAAUAAAAAGCCUUAUUAAAUGUUCAUGCACUUCCUAGUUAGUCAGUUUGUUUCUCUUCUGAUGGUAAUACAUUAGCUUCUGGUAGUCGUGAUUCCUCUAUUCGUCUAUGGGAUGUAAAAACAGGAUAAGAAAAAGCCGAAUUAGAUGGUCAUAAAAUUUGGGUAAUGGCAGUCUGUUUCUCUCCUGAUGGAAAUACAUUAGCUUCUGGUAGUGAUGAUAACUCUAUCCGUCUAUGGGAUGUAAAGACAGGAUAAGAAAUUAAAUCCAUUGAUAAAAAUUACAAAGAUUUUUUAAUAUAAUUUAACAUUCCACUCUAUUAUAUUUGUCCUAUCUUAGAAGGUAAUAUUAAUAUUAAUCAUUUUAUAGACUAAAAUUACAUUACUACACUUCUUUUAUCCUAAUCUGCAAUAUUCUAAGCAAAAGGUGCUCUAGUUUUCAAAGGAGAAUUCAUUAAUCAUCAAGGCAUUGAUUUAAGAUCUUUAUUGAAAUACAAAGGUAGCUGGAUUUUGCAAAACCAAUUAGAAUCCAAUUAAAAAUGA